CCUUCCACCUCGACAGAAGGGGGGAAAAGUCAACAAGAGCGGCUAUCAAGUGUGUGCCAUAGCCUCUUUUCCUUCUUCUCCAAGAAAACCAUUACUACAAAGACAACUGAAUCCAAUAGACGGAGGACAAAUUUAAGAACGGCAAACACAAAGAAUCCGCCAUGAAAAACCACCACGUCCUUCUUCUAGCCUACGCGGCUCAAGGACAUUUAAACCCAUCCCUACAUCUCGCUAAGCGGAUAAUCGCCGCUGGUGGCCGAGUCACCUUCGCCACCACCGUCUACGGCCUCCGGCGAAUUAAAUCUCUCCCUUCCAUCGACGGCUUAUCUUACGCCUCCUUCUCCGACGGCUUCGACGAUGGAUACCGCCCCAAAGAGAGUUCUACCAGUGCCAACAUCUCGGAUUUCCGUACUGUUUCGAGACAAUCCAUCAACGAUUUAAUCCAAACCCUCUCCGAUGAGGGCCGCCCUGUUUCUUUCUUGAUCUACAACAUCGUCCUUCCUUGGGCUGGUAGCCUCGCCGCCGCCAUGUCCAUACCUUCUGCUUUCUUAUGUACGCACUCUGCAACUGUGUUCGCUAUCUACUACCAUUGUUUUAACACCCAAAAUGGAGUUUACGUCAGGAACAAAGAUUGUGAUGAGAAGGUAAACGAGCCUCCGAGCUUAAUAGAGAUUGAGGGGUUACCUCCAUUUUCUCGUCAAGAGCUACCUUCGUUUCUCCUCCCAAGUGAUCCAUACCAUUCGCUUGUCUCCACCUUUGAAGAACACAUCCGGGUAUUAGAAGAAGACCCGAACCCAUGUAUCCUUCUCAACACCUUCGAUGCUCUAGAACAAGAUUCAAUCAAGGGAAUUCGAUUUAACGGCGCCCGACUCUUCGCCAUUGGACCACUGCGUCAGUCAGCUUCUCCGGACAACAAGAACCCUACACCUGCAGAUAAGUUACUUCGCUGUGAUUUAUACGACAGUUCAAAGGAAUAUACUAACUGGUUAAGCUCAAAGCCUGACCGCUCGGUGGUAUACGUAUCUUUCGGCAGCCUUGCGACGCUGAAGAAAAAUCAAAUGGAAGAGAUCUUUAAUGGACUUUUGAGCAGCGGUCGGCCAUUCUUGUGGGUGAUUCGACCACCGAAAGACGGAGAAGAGGGAUUUGAGGAAACGAUAAAGGAUAAGUUAAAAGAAGAAGAAGGGCUGAUAGUACCGUGGUGUGCCCAAACGGAUGUACUGGGACAUACUUCAGUCGGCUGUUUCGUGACGCACGGCGGAUGGAAUUCGACGACGGAGGGGUUGACGUCGGGGGUUCCGAUGGUGGUGUUUCCGCAGUUUUCAGAUCAGAUAACGAAUGCGAAAAUGGUGGAGGAGGUGUGGGGUUGUGGAAUCAGGGUGAGAGUGAAUGAAGAAGGAUGUGUGGAGAGGGAGGAGAUAAGGAGGUGCGUGGAGAUGGUGAUGGGAGAAACAGAGAGAGGCGCGACGGUGAGAAUGAAAGCGGAGAAAUGGCGAGCUUCGGCUCUUGCGGCGGUCGGAGACGGUGGCUCGUCUGAGGAGAAUUUCGAAGCAUUCAUUGAAAGGUACUUGCCGAGUUAGGAUAGGCUGCAAGUGUAGUCAUUUUCUCCCCCUCGAAAGUCUUCUUGAAAGAAAGAACAUUUCAUCAAAAUUGAUAAUGAAUUUUUAAAUAAUGUAAUAAAUACAAAUAUAUUUUAUAUUUAGUGGGAUUAUAUUCUCACAUGUCUUAUUAUUUUUAUGCAUUAUACGUUUUUAAGUAUAGGAUGUAACACCACUUGGUGUUUUAUGACCCAAGGCAUUAUUAUACUCAAACUUCUUCUUCAUGCAA